GCAGGAAAACCUGUUACCUGUCGCAGUUCAACUUAAUUGGUGUCAUUAUUCCACGUGUUGAUAAUUGCUUUAGAAAAUGGAUACUGCUUCUGUUUCUACGAUUGCUUGCAGGAGAGAUGGAUCGGUUGUGAUUUGUGAUGAUGUGGAGUACACGCUUCAGGAGUCAGUGUUAACUCCUAAAGAUCCCUUAUUUUGGGUAUUUCUUGGUUCCAGCGCUGUUCUGGUUACCCUCUCUGGAAUAUUCUCGGGUCUCAUAAUAGGAGUCCUAUCCUUGGAUGUGCUCAGUCUGAGGGUACUAAUGGAAGCUGGUGAGACCGAGAAUGAGCGUUGGGCUGCCAAGAAAAUCCUGCCGUUGGCCCGUAGGCAUCAUUACGUUUUGGUCUCUCUUGUUAUGAGCAAUGCGGCGUGCAACGAAGCUUUGCCGAUUUGUAUGGAUAAAGUUUUCACUGAGGCUGUGGCGAUUGCCUUGUCCAUAACCAUCAUCAUGGUUUUUGGAGAGCUCAUACCUCAAGCUGUUUGUGCUCGCUAUGGCUUGACGAUUGCUGCGAACGCGUUUCCGCUGAUAGUAUUCCUGAUGGUGCUGACCUUUCCCAUUGCUGCUCCGUUGUCUGUGAUUCUUGACUUCAUACUGGGCCAAGAGCAAAACACGUUCUAUGGUCGGAGGAUGUUGAAACGGAACGAUCGCGAACAUUUCCAGGCCCUUAUUGCGCUUCACGGUCCGCGGAAAAACAAAGCGUCUAAAGCAGCUUCUACAGCAAUCAAAGGACAACGAAAGAACGAUGGUAGUUUUCUGGCAAUAUUUACUGGGAAUUCCGGGUAUCCUACUGUUCCUAUUUUCACAACUCCUUUGUUGGCUGAAGGAGAAGUGAUGAUGAUACAAGGUGCCCUGAGUCUAAGGGAAAAAACCGUGGGAGAUGCUACUAUUCCCCUGGAUUCUGUUUUCAUGCUGGAGCUUGACGAUAAACUUGACAGAUUUCUUCUGGACUUGAUAACUUCAAAGAAAUUUUCGAGAAUCCCGAUUUACGAGAAGACCCGAACAAACAUCAAGAAAGUGUUGCUGGUUAAAACACUGCUACCGAUAAACCCCGAAGAAAAGCUGACAAUCAAGGGUUUGCCCAAGAGAAGUCUGAUUAACGCGGAUUUAAUAUCGGCAGAUGCGUCUCAAUAUGACGCGUUGAAUCACUUUCAGCAGGGUAUCUGUCAUUUGUUAAUAGUGGUGGAAAGCACGUCUCGAAUGACGUCGUGGUCAUCAAAUGAUGCGUCUGAGGACUCGCCAGCUCUACGUGUUCAUGGAAUUGUAACAAUGGAGGAUAUUCUGGAAGAAAUUCUCCAGAAGGAAAUUUACGAUGAGAUGGACACAUUAAGAACCAGGGCCAAAUUGCUGACCCUCGGACGAGAGCAUGACUCCAGAUCCAAAGGAGCUAUUGCAGUGUCCUCUGGAAAAUUGAACUGA